CUGAGCGCGCGUGCCUUUCUUCAUAGGCUCUUGCUUUCUUCGAAGACUCCACCGUUGAGUUCGUUGGACAGACGAAAGCGUCCGCCUCUCCAAGAUGCAGAUUUUUGUGAAGACCCUCACGGGCAAAACUAUCACCCUCGAGGUUGAAUCCUCAGACACCAUUGACAAUGUCAAGGCUAAAAUCCAGGACAAGGAAGGCAUCCCUCCUGACCAACAACGGUUGAUUUUCGCUGGUAAACAGCUUGAAGAUGGCCGCACCCUGAGCGACUACAAUAUUCAGAAGGAGUCAACCCUCCACUUGGUUCUUCGUUUGCGUGGUGGUGCCAAAAAGCGUAAGAAGAAGACCUACAAUACUCCCAAGAAGAUUAAGCACAAGCGCAAAAAGGUCAAGAUGGCUAUUUUGAAGUACUACAAGGUCGAUUCCGACGGGAAGAUCAAACGUCUCCGUCGUGAGUGCCCUAGCGCUGAGUGCGGAGCUGGAAUCUUUAUGGCUUUCCACCAUGACCGUCAAUAUUGCGGAAAGUGUGGCCUUACCUACACAUUCACUCCAGGCAGCAAACCUCCUGCCGUCUAGAUUAACGGGAUGUGACAUGUCAGUAUACUCCCCCUCCCUUGGCUCUUUCAUGUAUUACACACCUGUCCAAUGCAAACAUGCUUGAUACUCUGGGAUUCUGGUUCAAAUACAGACUAAGAUUAAGAUUACAGUUAUCCUAAUAAUUGUAGACCGUUUUCGAAAAAAACACUUGUAUUACCAAGCACCUACCCCAAUAACGGACCUACAGAC